CGGGGUUGACGUGAUGACGUCACGCCUGCGUAGGAAGCACGCCGAAAACAUGGCUGCCUUCUGUUAGUUAGGAUUUAUUCCUGGAUUUUGAUUUAUCUUCACGGUGUUAUUUUUAGUUUUAUAAACGAUGUUUGUCCUGGCCAACGGUGUUCUGUAUCUCCUGCCUGAUGACAGCAAGGAGAAAGAGUGAUGGAGAGGAUGAUAAAUAUCAAGGAGCAGAUGGAGCCACCUGUCCAAGAUCAGGAAAAGAACAAAGCGAGUGAAGUGGAGGAUGAUGAGAAGAAGCAAGUGGAAGAGGGAGAACCAUUUAGCAAAGGUGAUGAUGAAGAAGAAGAAGAGGAGGAGGAGGCAGCAGACACACUGCAGAGCACAGACGCUCAGGAGAAACACCAGCAGGUCCUGAAUCUGAAUAAUGAGGUAGUGAAGAUGAGGAAGGAGGUGAAGAGGGUUCGGGCUUUGAUCAUCCGGAAACUAGCACGUCAGAUCGCUGCCCUGAAGAAGAAGAAGGGCAAAGACGCUGAGAUUGAGAGACAUCAGAGGAGAGCGGCCAGACUGUUGGAGGAGGUCCACAUCAUGAAGACUCUUUCUCCAGACCAGGUCACCAAGACAGCUCUACAGAAGAAUCUCAACUUUGAGCAGGUGUGCAAAAACCCCAAGUCCAGCAUGACUGACCGAGCUCUCGCUCGCAUCGCCACCCACCCACAGUUCAGCAAGAAGAUCGACGACAUCAAAAUGUCUGUGAAGGCCUUCGAAGUGGAGCGCUCCAAGGGAGGCGGCAAGGCGAAAGUUCAGAAGGCGGCUCCGCAGUCUGUGAGGAAUCAGGAAGAAGAGGAAAAAACCGGAAGUAGUGCCUUGGAAGGCACAGACAGCGAAGAAGAAGAAGAAGAAGAAGAAGAAGAAGAAGAAGAAGAAGAAGAAGAAGAAGAGCCUAUUAAAGAUGUGAAUGACAGAAAUGCUGCAAAAUCUGAAAAGAAAACUGAAAAAGGAUCACCUGCUGCUGCUGCUGCUCAAAGUACAAAACCGUCUUUGAUUGUAGGACCAGAGCCGGUCCACAGUGCUGACGUUACCAAAAUCACUGACAGCAAAUCUGCUGAAAAAGAUUCUAAUCUGCAGUCUGCCGCCGCGCCGGCCCAGAGGACAGCUGAGGACGACGAGACCGACGCCGAGUCAGCAGGCGGCGAGGAAAAAGAAUACUUCGAUGACAGCACGGAGGAACGUUUUUACAAGCAGUCUUCCCAGUCUGAAGACAGCGACGACGAUGACUUCUUUCUAGGAAAAGUCAGCAAAUUGAAGAAGAGAAGGAAAAAGCCAAAAACGAAUGAAGUGGAGAAGGAGCCUGGAGGGAAAAAGGACUCAUCAGAGGGUGGAGACAAACUCCAGAGGGAGCUGGACGAGCUGGAGUCCAGGCUAAAACCCAAAACCACCUCUCUUCAGUCUGUUUUCUGCUCCUCCCUGGCCAGGAGGAAGGGAGGUGGGGGCGAAGACAAACAAAAAGGGUUUGGUAAAUUUAAGGGCCAGAAGAAAGUCGGUGGUCGUCCGGAUAAAGAUUUUCCCCAUCAAAAGCAGGAGAAAGGAUCUAACAAAUACAGCAAGCCCUGUCCAGGAAAGAGCUUGCCAGAAUCAAACACCAGAGGGUUUCCAUCUUCCCAAAGAGGGGUGGGGCGAGGCAGGCGGGAGGCUCCACGGCAACAGGAGACAAAGCCUGGAGGCGUGUCCUCCUCUCAGCCAGCGCUCCAUCCGUCCUGGGAGGCCAGCAGGAGGAGAAAGGAGCAACAGGGACAAAUCCUGGCCUUUCAGGGGAAGAAGAUUAAGUUUGAUGAUGAUGACUGAGACAUCACUAAAUGGAAUUGGUUCUAGUGUAAGGAACUGUUGAUGGUUUCAUUCAUAAUCCCAGUGAUUCCAAGUUAUGAUUCUGAUUCUGGAUCCUCUGCAAAAGUGGAUUCUUUUUGAUUCCAUCAAAUGCAGCCGUUCUGUAAUUACC